UCACGAGCAACAUUUCUCUUCUAGGAAUUGGCCUUUGGUGAUAUUACCUCUUUUCUUCCUCCUGCUUUAGAUUUCCCUGAUUCAGUUUGACACACUGGUGGGAGGCACUUCUCUGUUUUCUACCCAGCCUGGUUAUCUGGGGUGCUGGACUUGGAGAUUUUUUUUUUUGACUUCUCCUGGAAGUUAUGAGUGUGAGAUACAUGGAUUUCUUUUGCAAAAGCAGCAGGAAACAGAACAGGUGUAAAAUGUCUGUGUCAGGCUCCUUGGAUAGCUGGAAAGCAAUCUCCAGGUCAGGCCUCCAGCACUUGGCUCCUGUGCAUUCCCUCAACAUUGCAGUCACCAAUGGACCUGUGAAGGAACCAAGAGCGGCCUUAGAGUGGACAGAAAAUGCUGUGAAUGGAGAGCAUCUGUGGCUAGAGACAAAUGUUUCUGGGGACCUCUGCUACCUGGGGGAGGAAAGCUGCCAAGUCAAAUUCUCAAAGUCUGCCCUGCGGAGGAAGUGUGCUGCCUGCAAGAUUGUGGUCCACAACGCGUGCAUGGAGCAGUUAGAGAAGAUUAAUUUUCGCUGCAAACCGACUUUCCGAGAAGGAGGCUCCAGAUCUCCAAGAGAAAACUUUGUGAGGCAUCACUGGGUGCACCGGCGGAGGCAGGAGGGCAAAUGUAAGCAGUGUGGAAAGGGCUUCCAGCAGAAAUUCUCCUUCCAUAGUAAAGAGAUUGUGGCCAUCAGUUGUUCCUGGUGCAAGCUGGCGUUCCAUAACAAAGUCACAUGUUUCAUGCUACAUCACAUUGAGGAGCCAUGUUCCCUGGGGGCUCAUGCUGCUGUCAUUGUGCCUCCCACCUGGAUCAUUAAGGUGAAGAAACCUCAGGUGGUCUCCAUACCAGGAGACGAGCCUGAUUGGGCAGGAGACUGGAGCCCCGAAGGGGAAACGGGCGUCUCCUACCCCUAUUGGGAGGGUUGGCAGAACUCCUUAAAGACUUCAACACGGCGAAAGAAGAGAACGUCCUUUAAAAGAAAAGCCAGCAAAAGAGGAAAUGAAGAUAACAAAGGCCGGCCUUUUGUGAUAAAGCCUAUCUCCUCUCCACUCAUGAAGCCACUGCUGGUUUUUGUCAAUCCAAAAAGUGGAGGGAAUCAGGGCACUAAGGUUCUCCAAAUGUUUAUGUGGUAUUUGAAUCCACGCCAGGUCUUUGAUCUCUCUCAGGAAGGGCCAAGAGAUGCGCUGGAGCUGUACAGAAAAGUGCCAAACCUGAGGAUCCUGGCAUGUGGUGGGGAUGGGACGGUGGGCUGGAUCCUAUCCAUCCUCGAUGAGCUGCAACUCAGCCCCCCACCUCCUGUGGCUGUCCUUCCUCUUGGCACUGGGAAUGACCUUGCUCGCACCCUCAACUGGGGUGGGGGUUACACAGAUGAGCCGGUGUCGAAGAUCCUGUGCCAUGUAGAAGAUGGGACCAUUGUCCAGCUGGACCGCUGGAAUCUUCAGGUGGAGCGCAACCCUGAUUUGCCCCAGGAUGAGCUGGAGGAUGGGGCACGUAAGCUUCCCCUCAAUGUCUUCAAUAAUUACUUCAGUCUUGGGUUUGAUGCACAUGUUACGCUGGAGUUCCAUGAAUCCAGAGAAGCAAAUCCAGAGAAAUUCAACAGCCGAUUUAGAAAUAAAAUGUUUUAUGCAGGGGCAGCCUUUACAGACUUUCUGCAAAGAAGCUCAAGAGAUUUAUCCAAGCAUGUUAAAGUUGUGUGUGAUGGUACAGACCUGACUCCAAAGAUCCAGGAGCUGAAGUUCCAGUGUAUAGUGUUUUUAAACAUACCCAGGUACUGUGCUGGCACAAUGCCCUGGGGAAACCCUGGUGAUCACAGAGACUUUGAGCCUCAGCGUCAUGACGAUGGCUACAUUGAAGUCAUCGGGUUCACCAUGGCCUCACUGGCUGCUCUCCAGGUGGGCGGUCAUGGAGAGAGGUUGCACCAGUGCCGGGAGGUGACGCUUUUGACGUACAAGUCUAUCCCCAUGCAAGUGGAUGGUGAACCCUGUCGGUUGGCUCCCUCACUCAUCCGGAUCUCCCUAAGGAACCAAGCCAACAUGGUGCAGAAAAGCAAGAGGAGAACGUCUAUGCCUUUGUUGAAUGAUAUCCAUAAAGUGCAGUCUGCUGACCUGAGGAGAGUCUCGGCUCCCCCUGAUUCCUUCACUGUCCCUCAUUCCAUCCCAGAUCGCCUGCGGAUCAGAGUGAACAAGAUCAAUUUACAGGAAUACGAGGGGCUACAUUACGACAAGGAAAAACUCCGUGAAGCUUCCAUUCCCCUAGGAAUCAUAGUUGUACGAGGAGACUGUGACUUGGAGACUUGUCGUAUGUACAUUGACCGUCUACAAGAGGACCUACAGUCAGUAACUUCUACUACACAGAGAGUUCAUUACCAGGACCAGGAAAGCUCUUUCCCCAGAGUACUUUCUGUUCAGAGGCUCUCUCCUAGAUGGUGCUUCCUAGACGCAACUUCUGCUGAUCGUUUUUACCGCAUUGACAGAUCUCAGGAACAUUUGCACUUUGUGACGGAAAUUUCGCAGGACGAGAUUUUUAUUCUGGAUCCAGAGAUGGUAAUGUCUCAGCAGGUGGGGACACCACCAGGAAUGCCUGAUCUGGUAGUGGAGCAGGCAUCUGGAAUAUCGGAUCGGUGGAACCCUGCGGUUCGGAAGAGGAUGCUGAGCGACAGCGGUCUUGGCAAGAUUUCUCCCCACUACGAGGUACCUGACAAACAGAAGGACGCCAGCCAGACACAUAUGCUGCAGUCACCGGUUUCUUCAGAAGAUCAAGCACUUUUACAGGCAGUCAUAUCUGGUGAUCUACUGAAGUUCAUAGAAUGUUGUAAAAAAGGAGCCAAUUUGUUAAUCCAAGGACCUGAUCACUGCUCCUUGUUGCACCAUGCUGCCAAGGCUGGGAAUGGAGAGAUUGUGAAAUACAUCCUGGAGCAUGGUCCAUCUGAAUUACUGGACAUGGCAGACAGUGAAACGGGUGAGACAGCAUUACAUAAGGCAGCCUGCCAGCGCCACCGCGCCGUCUGCCAGCUCCUGGUGGAUGCGGGAGCCUCUCUGAGAAAGACAGACUCCAAGGGUAAGACCCCUCGUGACAGGGCUCAGCAGGCUGGUGAUCCGGAUCUGGCCUCCUACCUGGAGAGUCGACAAAACUAUCAAAUGGUUUCCCACGAGGAUCUAGAGACAGCAGUCUGAUGUCUGAAAAUGUCCAAGAGGAUUCCUGGAAAUCUCGAGACUGCACCUGAGGCACUCGGGCAUCAUGUGAGGAAGAAACUGAUGCAAUCACCGUGUCUCUCACUCUCGAGGAAAAUACCUGAGGACAUGCCACCAGUUUCUAAGGGCUACUGAGUCUUGCCACGGAACAGUUAUGUUCCAUAAGUUAGCCCAUGAUGGAUGAGGUGGGACACUCAAAGGUCUGUGGAAUCCAUAGGCCACAAAAAUUUACCUUUAUUGCUUCCAGCAAGUAGCAUGAACUUCUCCCAUGUUCAUCUGUACAAUUUGUUUAAAAAAAAAAAAAGGAAAGAGUAAAGAGGGUGUGGGGGAACAAAACUCCAAACUAACUGGGACAUUAAGCCACCCAACCAGGCCCUCCUCCAUCCUUACAGUUUCCUGAAUUGCUUUUAUUCUCCUGUUCCCCUCACUUCUCAUCAGUUAAAUAUUACCUGUUAUCUCUGUAUUGUCUUCACCAAUGGUCAGGCAGUAGCAAAAUAUUUGAGGAGCUCUGGAUGCCCUUAAGAAAUAUCCAGUGUUUUUACCAGCUACAUUCCCUCCCUUGCCAUCCUCUCGGAAGCUGUGUUGUCAGUACUCAGCACCACGGAGUUUCCUUGCUUUUGGAGAGGAUGCUGCAUAUUGCCUUGUUUCCAGGGUGUGGGGCAGAGUUAGAUUUACAGCAGUGACAAAACCCAACCUCAUUGUUGCUGGGCAUAUGGUUAUGGUAUCCUCGUGAGACAGGCAUUUGUAUGGAAAGGAGGUAUAUGGGAUAUACCAUGCUGAAUGGCAGAGCAGAAAGUCACCAGGAAGGUUUCUCAUACCGCUUUUGUGCCCAUAAUGACUGACCCAGUUCUGCUCAGGUUUUAGGCCUCCCUAGAAGUUGAUAGCUGUUCUUUACCUCUGAAAAGAUGGGUUUUCCACUGGGGAGAGAUUUGUGCAAGACUCUGGGAAUUCUGAUGGGCUGACUUGCUGACCUAGUCCCCUUUUCAGUACAGCCAGAGGGAUGAAGGAGACCUGGACUAUCAGCAGCCAGCCUGGGCUUGCUGCUGCCAGCAAACAAAUGGGCACUGGCCUGGUGGCAUUGGGAAUGGGAAAACCUUUUUGACUGAACCUGCAAACGAUCUGAUUUUUCAAGGGAACAAAGUUUUGGGGAGUCUGUCCCCCUGGAGAAGGACAAGCAGCAGCUCUUUGCCUUGUAACCCACAAUAGGUUUGAAAUGUAAAGCUUAGCUGCUGUAAAGGCCAGCUGUGUCUUCUGUACUCAUCUGUUCUCUGUCUUAUAACCAUAAAAGAAGAGAAAGCAAACAAAUAUCCAGGCAUAAACAAAAUGUUUUACCUUUUGGUUUCCAAUUCCUACCGGUAUCUCAGCUGACAAAAUAGCAGAGCUUCCACUCCUACUUUGUCAGACCAGUUCCCAUGAAGACGCUCAUGGCUGACUUUUGGCAUAAUUCUUGCAAUACACUUUUGAAUUUUGCUUUGUUGUUUGAUUCGAAAGAUCCAUCAGUGUUUGUUUUCACAUGCCUUGCUAGAGGUAGCUCUCUGAUAGAUGGUGAUCAUCAGGGUUACAUACAUUUGGAAACCAUGAAAAUAACUCAGGUCAUUAUCCAGAUAAGUUUUUCUUCUUUGGUAGAAGUGGAGGAAAUCAAAUGAAUGCAAUUUUUCUUUCUUUCUUUUUUUUUUUUUUAACCACACAUGAUUGUUAUGGUAGGGAGGGGGGAGCUAAAAAAUAUAUUUUAAAUUGUUUUCUCCUCUUUUCAAAAGUUCAUUUGAUAUGGGCAAAAUAUUUCUUUAGUAUUUCUUCCUCUGGAAGGAAACUAUAUAUAUUUGUAAUCUAUAGAUCAAUGGCGACAUGAAAUGUAUUUUGUCUUAUUUUCUGUCUUUACCUUUCUCAUUUAAAAAAAUAAAAUAUGAAAGCCAAAUUACGUCCCUUGAUAAUUAUCCAGGGGCUUGUGGAGAAAAUAAGUAUGUGUAUAUAUUAGAACAGAAUUUGGCAACUGCUAAAAUAAAAAAUAAGAAUAUAGUUUUGGUUUAUGUGAUAUUUCCACAAGGAAAGAUCCUCACACUGUGGUUUCAUGGUAGGCCUUGCUUCAUCUCCCAGCUGUGAGAAAAAACAUUACUGUAAUAUUUCUAUAUGUUUGAUGAAAGUAAGAAUUAUGUUACUAUCACUUUAACCUUUUGGUUUGUUUUACUGACGUGAGAAAUGGAGGAAGUUUCAAUGACACAGGAGCUUGGCUCUGUCCUGUGCUGAGGCCAAGCUGAGUAUGGUCACUGAGCCCGUGACAGCUUCCUGGUCAUUUAGUCCCAUGAAGCAAGUGGAGCAGUAAAGGCUUGCUUUAACCACAGGUAGCCUCCAGAGGCCACAUGUGGAUUAUGAUAAGGGAGCUGGGUCUGGUCCUCGCCUUGUCAGCCCAUCCCUGGUACACAGGAGGUGCCUGCAGCUGUGGCUGGAUCUGGAGCAGCUUGUCAGGAUGGGCAGACUUCCCGAGCAAUUUUGUGCCAUUUGGACUGCUCAGAGGAACUCAGAGCACACGAGAGAGCGUGGCUUGCCUUUUCCCCUGGAAGCUGGAUGAUAUGAUCAGAGUGAGCCUAUUGUGUCUCUGGAAAGCUGCCUGUGCUGUGUGCUCAGCAGGAGACAGCUACUGUAUGAUAAAAAUAGCCCUCAGCACAGGGGGAGCAGGAACUGGCUGGAUGUAGUGCCUUUGAUGUUCAAGGUGUCCCAAAGCACUGCACACAUGAUGCACUAGAUACUGGUGAUGUUUUGUAUUUGUAGGUGACAGAGCGUGUCUAUUGUUUUCUACAAUGUCUCAGGCAUGGAAAGGAAUACCAGGUUCACUGAGGGCAGCUCGGGACCAGGAUGCUGCAGGACUGUUCCUUAUCCUUUUUCAAGUGUGAUGGGAUUACCAGAGGCAGGCAGACUCUGCAGCAGUUAAAGGUGACACAUAGGCAUUGAAUCUCUGGAGCACCUGGAGUCUAGGUUAGUACAGUACAAUUGUGCCUGCACUGGGCAGGGCCCAAAUUCCAGUGGGCAGCUGGGAGUCCACUUAAAUUACACGUAAAGCAUUUUGAUUUACUGAAAAUGUCUGCUCAGCGGCUGUGUCUGUUAAUGUGUGUAUAUUACUAUAUAUAUGUAUAUUUAUAAAUAGCAGUAUGCAUGUAUAUAGGUGCACACAUACAUAUGCGAACACACUUAAAAUUGUGCCAUUUGAAUGACAAAGUACCUGAGGAUGCUCAGCUACUGAGAUUGCUGGACUGACAAAACGUCAUUUUCCAUUUUAAUUUGUUAUUAAAGGGAACCUUUUUCAGUAGAACUGAGGAGCUCCUGAAUUGUUCCAUUGUACUGGUUUUACUAUCUCAUUUUGGAGUUAAAUGGAGGGAAAGAAAGUAUUUAUAAUGUUGAUAAAAUAAACUUAAUUUUGUAAUUUAAUAGCAUCAAUUACUCUUAUUAUUUCAUGUUUCAAUGCUAGAGGUAUCUUUUAUGUGUUAUUCAAAGCAUGAUGAUGUCAUACAUUUUUCACUUAUUAUAGCAUAGAAUGGCAAUGGACAGGAACACCUUGCACUAGACCAGGCUGCUCAGGGCUCCAUCUAAGCUGACCUUGAACUCUUCCAGGGAUAGGUCAUCCACAACUUCUCUGGGCAUCCCUCAAUACUGUGAGAUGUGAGUUUUGCUUAUGAAAAAUCGGGGCUAAAGGUAAAUUGUGCCUGUUACAAAACAGGUGUCAGACUCCAGUGGCUCUUUCACCACUUCAUGUGGUGGCUUGCUUGUCUGUGUUUUAGCACUUUAAGUUGUCUGUAGGUGUUUUUACUGAGACCUGUCAUUUUUGCUUUUCCCCAGCAGCAGUAAAAUUGCUCAGUUUCAACUCAUGAUGCUGUAGCCUGGAUUCAGUCUACAUGAGAUGUCCCCUUCUACAUGAGGACUGUCAUACAGAAGAACCCUAGACAAAGAAAAUAGUACAAAAUUGAUGUUUUGUUGCCACUGAUCUUCCCAGGUGUAUUUGCUGAGCUGGUGCUGUUGUGUAAGAAUAGAUGGGGCACAUGGUUUUUCUGGAGGUGUGGUUGUAGGAGGUUUGUUUCAGUAAUAUUUCAUGGCCUCUUUGGCUCAUUUUUGUCUUUGCUGUGACAAUGAAAUGCAUGGUAGUGAAAGUUUCUAACACAAAUUCAUCUAGAAGGUGGCUAUUUUCCUUUCAGCCAUCCCAGAGGCCUUCUAUGGGACAUGUAUGUGUGUUGACCCUUCCAGGAUGACAAAAGCAUGUUGACAUGAUCUGUGUCUGGGAUAUGAAAUGAGCAAGACACAUCAGUAGCCUCAAGUUUUCUUGGAGUUUAAUGGUAGUCAACAAAGGUAUGAGCAUGCUGGAAAUUUAAAUGCCUUGAAAAAUCUCCAAGGAAAUUCCCUCCUUGUGCUCUAUGUACUCUGAGAAAAAAGCAGUUCCUUGUGCUGAUCCAUUUGAGGUGUGUCAUUUUCCUUGCCUCACUUUCUUCUUCUUUUGCACCAAAUUAACAUCUAUAGAGAAGUAUUCUAUAAGACUUGUUUAUGAGCUUGCAAAAAGUAACAUUUUGACCUCCAUUUUACCUAUUCAUUUCCAUUCAUAAGAUAUUUUCUCUCUUUCUUUUCCUCCGUGAAUCUAAGCCAGAGUGACAUUACAUUAUUAGCUUCCUAAUUAGUCUAAAGCAUCAAAUGUGAGUAUCUUUGGACAUUUCAGCAGUCCUGGAAACAGCUUAUAUUCCUGUGCCUUUCUGGGUGCAUGUGAAGCUAUAAGACACAGUAUUACAGUGCUCACUGUGUACUCAUCUUCUCAUCUUGCUUUCUUAAAAAAAAGAAAGCUGCUAUUUUUCUUAGCAAUGGAUUGCUACAGCCUUAAAUUCCAUGAUCUGCCUGCCAAAAUCUGUUGAUUGCAACGGCAACUCAGUAAUGUGCUGAAAGUUACUUGCUGGCAUACUGAUGAAUACCAGAAUUUAGUGUGGAGGAUGUGUCUCGAGCUUCAGUGUUUUCACUCCCCCUUUGUAAGGGCAGGAUGCAGCUCAUGACUGCAUCCCUGGAAAUGCCUCGAGAGGAGCUGUAACCCAACCCUGCACCCAGCUGUUGGGGUGAACAGAAUCUAUAGAGGAGUUGGGAUGUCUCAGCCUUUGCCAAGAGGUACCAACAGAGACAAAUUGCAGCAGCUCAGCACUUGGCUUGGGCUGCCCAAAGCCAAGAGCUUGGGCAGUUUCUCACUUCUAAUUCUUUGUAAAAGCUUGGGAGGAGUGGAUUACCCAGUAGUCAAAGUGACCAUGGCUGCUUUUACUCCAGGUUCUGCCAUGGCACCGGAGUUCUCUGGACUGCCUGCCUGAGAUUCCCUGCAGGUACCAGAGCUCAGGGACUUCCCCUCCCCGGUGUGUUUCCAGCACCACUGCCUGUGGUGGUGCCCACAGAGAGUGCUGUUCUCUCAUCCCCUGUACGUGUGCACUGGAGCAACACCCCCUACCUUGGCCGAGGAAUUUCCUGGCCCGCGUAUGGUGCCAUUUGUGCAAAAGGGGAAAAUUCCUUCCCUUGGGCCUUGAUCACACCAGUAAAUUCAUUACAUUUGACUUCAGUGAUUAGGCAGGCUUAGAGCUGAAUAACCUUACUGUAUUCAGCCAUCAGAGUGCAUCUUGUCUCCUGCCUUAUUUAUAAGGUGCCACAUUCCAGUCUCAGCUGCAGUUUCUUGUUUCCCUGACUGAUUUUAUGAAAAAAAAAGAACCAAAAUGACAAAAAAACCAAUCUCUCCUAUGCAGUACACAUGUAUCUAGUUACCCAGAGAGUGGGGAAGACAGGCAGCUCAUUUUAAAAUCCCCUCAUUCUGAUAUAGCACAUCGUGGCUUCUAAAGUCUGAGCAGGGGGAUGCCUUGCAACAAAAGCAUUUGUUUCAAUAUUAACACAUCUAUAUUUCAGGAAAUAACUUGAGGCUAAGCCCUGUUAAAACAGUCAGCUUAUGCUGUUAGAUCUCCUACAUGUCAGAGAUUUGGGGAAUCUAAGAAAGCAGUAAUUCUCUUGACAGGCACAUAAAGGUAGGUGAAUGCCCCAAAAAGCGAAAACCCUUCUUUCUUAAAAAAUUUGUUUCUAUUUUGCUGCCCUCAUCCACUAGAAUCGGAACCCUGAUUUGGGAAUGCUGUUUCAGAGUUUACCAAUAUUUUAACAGCCUCAGCAUUCAUAUGCAAAAUAUAUAGGAGCUGCAGCAUUUUGACAUGCAAGAAAUAAAGCACUAUUUCUUUGAGCAAUAUAAUACUACGUAUGUAAUUGCUUCAUCUCGAGCCAGCCUCCUUUUGCUGGUGAAGUGCCACACCUGGCUCUUCAAUUAGUCCCUGUCUGGGAGGCUGCUUGAUGUGUAAGCCAGCACUCAGUGAAGUGUGCAGGUAGCAAUCCAACGCUCUGGUGCGGCAAGGGCUGCUGCAAUUAACGAACUGCUAACGCACGAACCCCGUGCAAUUCAUUUCUUAGUGUGCACUUCAUUUUAAUGAGAAAAAUGGCCCUCUCAUUCCAGCUGCCUUAGCAAUCUUCAAUUUCCACUCUUUUCCUCAACCUGUGGUCAAGAAGUAGAAGGUAAUCUCUGUUCCUAUAUGUAUUCAGGAAUCCAAAUCCUGUCUAGGAACUGUACAAAUCCGGUUUGUAGGUAUGGAGAAGAACUCAAGAAGCUCUUGAGUCUGAUGCAGCAGACAUGAGUGAUUUAUACUUGGCUAAUUAGGCUUUAAUAAGUAGUCGCACUUUUCUAGGGCUGUUUUUCCUGUGUGACAUUCACAUAAAAAAUGAAAGAUGACAAAAUUAGAAAAGCAAAGUUAAGCUGCCCCCUGGGAAUGGGGAAUCCUACAGAAUGGCUUCCACAUGCACUGCUCUUUUCUAGAUAGGGAGUUGCAGUGCUACUUCUUGAAUAACACUGUAAUGAGUAAUUAUGUAUCAUAAUUGGAUAUAUCUAAUUGUAAUAGUGAGGUGGGUGCUCACUGUGUUCAACACUUGUCACCCAGGUGCAGAGGUAUUCCUGCCCCUACAGAGAUCACCACACAGUCUGGCGGGGGACACCCUUCUGUUGGCAAAGCUUGAGGCUUUUUGAAGUGAGACACGAGCCCUAAGGUGUGCAAGGACAUCCCUCCCUGCUCCUCAGCCACGCUGGAGGUUUUCCUUCCAAAUGAAUGGAAGCAAUGCCACAUCAAGAUAAAUGAUUGUUGUAGGUCACAAAGUGAAUAGUUGUAUGUCCUCUCCUGUCCCCUGCUACAGCCCUUUUCCAGGACUAUUUUUUUUUUUUCCCUUCAUCAGAAUGAGAAGUCUGCUGAUGUGCCUGUUUUAAUAGAAGAUAGGUGCAGUUGUGGUUGUUUGUGAUCUUGCAAUUAUUGUAAUACUCUCAUUAUCUGCAUGGUAUAUGGGAGGAGUACAUUCCUGUCAAAGCUAAGAAAAAAAGUGAUCUUGCUGCAGCUAAUGGCAGGAAGGAACUAGAACAUAAUAUUAUUUAAAUUUGAUUUUAAAUAUUCUUCAGUGCUCUUUGCUUUUCCUUCCUCCCCCCUCCUCUUUAGAGUUUCUGUACUGAAGUCUUUAAUCUUUCAUCAUUUCUUCUUUCCUUAGCUCAUCCUACCUUCAUUUUUUGACUGGAAAGAUCAAAAUCCUGCCCAUGUGCUUACCCCUUGGGACGCUUCUGCUUGACCAGUCACAGAUGGUUGGAUCUCCUCUGACCAUGUACAGACAUGGGUAGGGAAUGUUGAAAUUCUCUGUACUAGGAAUGAGUUGGUUGUGCAGUACUAAAGGCUCCUCUGAGGGCAGUUGUAAUGCCCGAGUUGUAAUCUCAGGAUUAAACAGAUGGGAAGUGUGAUGGACUUGGGUUUUUCAUACCUGCAGGCUUGAUUUCAGCCUUUCCAGACUUAGUCUUAAUAUGAAUAAGGAAAAUUCUUAUGUAUAUUUUUUUCUGUCUACUCUCAUGUUUCUUCCCUUUGUGAUUUUCCUGUUAAAUAAUCUCUGUCUGGGCAAAUGUAGUUGUGUUGCUCCAUGAUGUGCUUGCAGGAAGAGGCAGCUGCUUCCAACUGGCAAGUGAGUGUGCUGGUCUCGCCUGCAAAAUGGCUGGCUUUGCUACUGUACAGUUUUCUGCUCAGCAUGUAUGUCACAAAAAUCACAGGGAGAUGGCAGGGGCUUAUCAGGAUUUUUUGUUCCGUUUACAUGUCACUGCAGAGAGAUUCUCUUCCAUCUGCCUCCUUUGAUCACACAACAGCUUUGGGAGAAAGGAAAAGAAGUGACUGAGCCUUCAAAGCACUAAGUAGCUCUUGGGAGCUUUGUCUCUUCCCUAGCUUGCUGUUGCACCUCACAGAGCUGGGCAAAGGGAAAGCAGGGGAUGCCUUAUGUGCAGAAGGAUCCAUCUCUCACCCUCCUGGCAAAAGUAACAACUCUUUGAAGGUACCUAUUCCAGACACCCCACCAGUGCCAGGUAGAGUGUAAAAUACAUAAGGACAUCAGCAAGCCUGCAGGAGCUCACUUCCUUCCUAAGGGCUCUUCCAAGCUCUUUUUGAUUCUGUUCCUGGUGCCUCAGGACAGGGAUUCCUGCCUGUGUCUUCCUACAGCAAUCAUCCUGAGAAUGUCCUUUGUAAUGGGUGCCAUCUAGCUGCCCUCACACCGUGUGUUACAUGUGCUCUGUGUCCUGUAACUCUAUUGGAAAGUGAAACAAUCAAGAGUUAAAAUCCCUUUCAAAGUGGACUUAGGAGCUGCCAGCUUUGGCCACUGACCCACCAGGGUGCAGUGCACUGGGGAGGGGAAUAUGGAAUACGACUGCCAACAUUUCUCUGUAGAAACGUUCUCAAGGUGAAAUGUGCUUUCACAGUGGGAAAUGAAGGUUAUUUUUCUUCUGCCCAUAUUAUUUUCUGUUGCAAACCCUGUGCCAGUCAUUUUGGAUGCAGACAGAUUUUUGGAAGCAGGAGGCUUUUGGAAGAUUUUUGAAAGUCUAGCCAGUGAUCAAGCUGAGGACUUGUGUUCUGCAGCUCCCACACAAACCUUCUGGCAGUCCGUGGAGGUUUCAGUGUCCUCUCCGAGUCAGUGAGCAGAAUAUUUUGCUACAAACUACAGGCCUACCUUUGUGCCACUGCUAUUGCUACUUUGCUUCUGCACAGCGUUUAGAACAGGUGUGGUUUUGCAGCCUUGCACUGGGAAAAACCAAGGUGUUAUAGGGGAAAACAUGAUUUUCCCAUGGACAGAAACACUCCUCAAGCUGCAGUUUUGUGCUAAUGAAAAUGCGAUUUUACGUAAAGACCGAGCUUGGUUUAUGAGACUGUCACAGCUAGCUCGGUGAGGUUUUAUUUCCAGCAAGACUGGACCUGUUGUUUCAUUGCAAAACAAAGAAGAUUAUGCAAAAAAUAAUCACUUGGUUUAAUGGUAUGCUUCUGUCUUAUGAUAGUUUACAAGUCUAACUGUGCCACAUGGUUGUGUCACAGAAAAGGGAAGUAUUUGCUUUCAGAAUUUAUCAGAAUUCUCUCUGGUCGUACUGUGGUCAAAGAAAUAGGGCCAAAAGUAGCAAAUCAAGGGUUUGAGAUUGUAUUCCUGCCACUUCCAUUGAGUCAUUUUGGGUAAGUCAUUCAGCCUUACUGUGCCUCAGUUUUCUUAUCUGUAAAAUGGGGAUAAUAUCACCUCCCCAUACACAGACAGGUAAGGUGCUUUGUGUUAUGAGCCCAAAAUCUGCUGUAUAUUAACUAUUUUUGAAUUGUUUGUUUUUUAUUUUUUUUGUUGUUUGUUUUUUUGUGGUUUUGUUUUUUUGUGGUUUUGUUUUUUGUUUUGUUUUAUUUUUCUUUUUUUGGUGUGUCUUGUAAUGUUACUCCUCUAUGGCAUCCUGCUUCUUCUGGAGCCUUUUUUUGAGAGAGUGAGAGUAGCCCUCUCCCAUGCUUUUUAGUUUAACUGGUUUAAGUCGAGAUAGUAAAGGGUGCUGGAGAAUGACAAUUUUCUAACGAGCUAUUUUGCACUUCUCAUGCUUGAUUUCCAUGUUUGUGCUAUCUUGCAUUAAAAGUUGUAACUCAGGUGAUAUUUCAAGUCAAUGAAAGCUUUCAGGUGGUUUUUCUCUCUUCAGAGAAGAGUAUUUUGCUGAAUUUUAGAGCAGCUUUAUUCCAUCAUAUUGAGUUGAUUGAGCACAGAAUUUUUCCUUUGGGAGUGCCCAUCUCAGAAAUAACUUUCUGUCAUCUCUCUAUUCUGUUGGUAUGACAGAAUUACUGCCUAAGAGUCCAGAAAUCACCACUUCAGUUUGUUGAUGCAAAAGGUUUUUGGGGAAUGAAGAGAAACAUUUGAGGGAACAGAUUCUCUGGCCUUCAUGUUAACAUCUCCUCUGGCCACCUGGCAAAUGGGAGAUGAAAACGGGUAAAGAACAAGGACAAGAGUUAGCAAAGAUUUAGGGAACUGGAAGUUUCUCGUGCAAAAAGGAAGAAGGCUAGGAAGGAGUGGGAUGGUGAUGAACACACUCUUGAUGGAAAGGCUGAGAUUCAUCAGGCUAGGUAUAUAUAUAUAUAUACCUCUAUCUAUAGUGGUGCUUCCUGGAGAUUGUGGAGAAAGGACAAUGGACAGAUUCUGAUCUCCUCUGCACUAAUUUCACUCCUGGUCAACCAAGAUGGGACCGAGGCCAGAAUCUGAACCACUCCAUAAUGUGUUUGGCCCCUGAACAGAGCAGUAAAUUCAAAUAACAAACGUGCAUUUUUAGUCAACAUUUCAUAGGCAUCCAGAGUUCCAGUAUAUGUACAUACCCUAUUAUCUGAACCCACAUCUGUUCCAGGAGUUGUAAUAACAUCUCAAAGGGCUCUUUUAUGCUACCUGACCCCAUGCAUAAUGCGCUGGAACAUCUUGAGGCUGCCACCUGGCAAAGGAAUCCGAGGCACGCAGCAGUACCCAUGAACUGAGGAUAUAUGUUUAACAGAGAAUCAAGGCACAGGUAAUCAUCAGUGAGGGGGAAUAUGAGAAGGAGGAGGGGGUUUUUUGUAACAAAGUAAGAAAGUAUUUUCUUCCAUGAUUUUCUUGCAUUUCCUAUUUAUACCAAGUAUCUUGAUCACUGUGUUGCCUAUCUAAGGAGAUUUUAAACUGGGGGAAGAAAGAAAUAUGUAUACAGUGAAAGAGCUGGUUACUGUUCCUUUUGGACACUUUUUCUGUAUUGUGACUUGUGUGGAAAUGUACAGAAUAAAAGUGAAGAAGUGCA